UCCUACAGAAUUUGUGUCAGACCGCCAGAUCACAUGCCUCAUAUUGUCUUCUCUUGCAUUAAUCUUGUCAGUCAAAUUCUUCAUAUAGCGACGACAGUUAGUGAUCAGCUGUGGGCAUUGUUCUGGUGGCCGCAAGAGAGAAUGGACUGCUAAUUUUUUAUUGUCGUAACGUUGAAUUGAUAUGGUCAACAGAAAAUAUGGAGAUUAAGAAUUGCCGAUUUAAACCUUUUCGAUCAAAGGAAUUUUUUUGAAAAACGCAGAAAAAAUAACCAAAAAGAUGUCCAAUCUCAAGGAUUCAAAGCCAGCGGAAACAAAGUGGAAGCACAUGUUUGUAAUGGCUGUGAUGUCUACCUUUAUAUUUGCUGCUAUCUUCACCAUGAGACCCACCCUUAUAAUACACCCAGUGGUGGCGAUGGGAGUACUUCAAAGAACUCGCUACUUACAGGCUUCGGUCAUCAAGGCCCACCCAGAACAUAUCCUUACUGAAGAAGAAAAGUUACAAUCAACGAUCCUUAAUGAGAAAACCACAAACAGUACAGAAUAUUCAGAAUAUAUAGUCCCAUUAACAAACCAAACAAUGUGCCAAACAUAUCCAGACACAAACGAUUGGACUUUUCAGUGCAGCGUACCGUGCGAGGAAAUGAAACUUACUGCAAUCAAGACAACAAAGAUUGACGUGAUCAAGUCUUGCUCGAUGUUAGAGGAAAGUGUAACAUGGUCGCAGAUAGCGAAUAGGACAUUGUUUCACGUACCAAUUCAAUCCCGGUGUUUAGAUAAUUUAAUUAAUGACUAUUGCCAAACAUCCAACGCUGUGCCAAACAUUGCUCAUUACGUAUGGUUCUCGAAAAAAGAAAUGAACUUUUAUCAUUUUUUGAGUUUCUUAAGCGUACUGAAACACUUAAAACCGUGUCUAAUUUUAGUUCACGGGGAUGUUCCCUUUGGUUUGUAUUGGGAAUACAUUUUGAUGAUUACUACUAAUAUAAUAAAUGUAAAAAUAAAACCACCUACCACCGUGUUUAGAAAGAAGAUUGGUCGGAUAGAACACCAAGCUGAUGUGGCUAGGCUUCUGAUCUUACAAGCAUAUGGAGGAAUAUAUAUUGAUACAGACGAAAUUAUAUUACGUUCUAUGGAGGAUUUAAUGAAUUAUACCUUCACAUUAAGCCACGCUGUUGACAACAAUUUAAGCAACGGACUUAUACUAUCGGCACCAAAUGCAACCUUCAUUUCACUCUGGUUAGAUGGAUAUAAAACAUACAAUAAAGCACAGUGGGCUUAUCACUCGACGAUUUUACCAAAUAAACUCGCUUUAAAGCAUCCAGAUUUAUUGCAUAUAGAAAAUAAAACAUUUGUUAGGCCAAAUUAUACUCAAUUAAAAUUAUUAUUUCGAAAGAAUUUUAACUGGUCGAAGAAUUAUGGGAUACAUCUGUAUAUUCGCUUCUACAAAAGAAUGCACACUUUUAUGGAUGUUAGACGUUUGAAUACGACUAUGGGAUCCGUGGCGAGAUAUAUUUUGUAUGAUAAUAAAGAGCUAUGUUUUGAUGCAUAAUGAUAUUUUAUCAAAGUGCUGUAAAGAUUUUUCAUUUGAAUUUCAUCCGUUAGAACAGUAUUAUAUUUAAACGACUCUUUUAACUCUUCAUAGAGAAUUUUCAAGUAAUACCUUUUUUCCCCUGCAGUUCAAUCAAAUAUACGUUUGUCUUAUUAAUAUUUUAGUCAAUAUAAACCCAUCGUCUCAAGCCACGGUCUGGAGUCCGCAGAGAGGAUAUCGUACAUUUUGUCCGUGGUUUGCGACGAUAAUAUAAACGGGUUAAAAUAUUUCUUGAAAACAGCAUCGCUGUUGAUCACUAGAAAUUGAAAAAAAACCCUUAAUAUUUUUUGAAUAUAUUAAAAAAUGACCACGAUUACGUGAUGAAAGAUUUGAAUAACAACGUAUAAGAACAUUUAAAUGAAUUUUAUUUUCAAACCUGGAUCCUUGAAGUCUGUUUCAUUUUUCUUUAUACCAUAGAAUGGUUACAUGCAAUAAAUAACUGUCUCAGAAGUUGUUUCAUAACUGUAUAAUGAUUAGUUAUUCAAAUUUCUUCUCCAAUUCAAUUGCUUGAAAUAGGUAUGCAGUUGCAUUUUAAAAUGUUUUGUUUGUAAUGCACUUUGUAUUUACAGAGAACUGGGAUUUAUUUAUAUUUAUUGAACUUAAUUUUUUCCCCCAUUUUUUGUUGUC